AUGGCUUCCGCUUCCCUCUCUUUCUCCGCCGUCUCCUCCAGCUCGGCGCUCCCCUCCCGCCGCGGCUCCCCCGCGCCGCCGCCGCCCUACGCCGUCCGGUGCCGCCCGCUCCGCGUCGUCUCCGCCUCCUGCGCGUCCACCGCCGAGAGGCCGAGGCCGAUGGCCGCCGGUGCCCGCUCCCAGGCGUCCUCGCUGUACGAGGUGCUGGGGAUCCGAGCCGGCGCCACGGGCCAGGAGAUCAAGACCGCCUACCGGAGGCUCGCCAGGGUCCUGCACCCGGACGUCGCCGCGCCCGCCGGCGCCGGGGCGGCGGCCGCGGGGCGCGAGUUCAUGCGUGUCCACGAGGCGUACGCCACUCUCUCGGAUCCGGACCGGCGGGCCGACUACGACCGGACGCUGCUCCGGGGGCCCGGCCGGUUCUCGGUGUCGGUCGCCGCCGCCGCCGCCGCUGCCGCCGCGGCGUCGGCCUGUGGCCCGAGCCGGAAGUGGGAGACGGAUCAGUGCUGGUAG